GUAAUAUUUAGUAUGAAAACCUAAUUAAUUCUACGAUGUUCUGUUUGUGUAUAAUACAAGCGUAUUUCGAAAAACUUUUUUUGAAAUAUUUUACACAUUGGAAAUCGUAAUCUAAAAUAUUUUGCAUAUUAAAAAACAUUUUUCAAAAACGUUUUAUAAGUGACAAGGGCAAAAUUGAAAAUUCAGAAGAUACACGAGAAAUAUUGGGGGGUGGGGAGAGAGAAAAAUUCUUCCCAAUCCUACUUUUGUUUUGUAUUUUUGUUGGGCCUAUAUUUUGAUAUCUGUAACUCCUUGUAAUGAGACAGUUGGGUUGUUGGAAUUUGGAUUAGAGAAACGAACAACGCGUAUAGUGAAUAGAAACCAAACCAGAACAAACUAAACCAGCGUCCUUGUUGGCGUUAUAACACUGUAGCUCCCCAGUUUUACACAAAACCUGUGGAUUUUCUCUCUCUCUCUCUCUCUCUCUCUCUAGAGAGACUCAAAUACCAUGGGCAGUUUUCUCUCACCACUCUCAAAACCAGUUGCUUCAAAAACACACAUUUUAUACUCUCUUUCUCUCUUUACCCUUUUCUCUAUUAUAUACCUUUUCUCAUUUCUCCCCUUAACACCAACAACCCAAUUUCUAUGUAAUGUAGUAAUCCCAAUUUCUGUACUUUCUUCCACCAAAAAAACCCAAUUUUCAUUUACCCUUUUUUUUCUAAUCAACUAUUCAAUUUAAGGGCUAUUCCAUUUCCUUCAAAGUUUCUUCCUUUUUUGCUUUACAAUUCUUGAAUGAUGGAAGCCAAUGGAAUGUUUUCUACCAUCACUUCUUCUGGUUUGCUUGGUGUUAUUGAUACCCCUUUACACCAACAACAACAGCAGCAGCAACAACAACAACAACAACAACAGAAUCUUCCUAAUCAGCAACAAAAUCCUCAUCAUUUGCACCAUUCCCAAGUUGUUUCUUAUGCUCCCCAAGAACAACAAUUACAUCAGUCAAUAAAACAUGGGUACCCUCCAUUUUCUUCUUCCAAGAACAAAAUUCAGCAGCAGCAGCAGCAACAAAGCUCUCAGGUGAGUGAUGAAGAUGAGCCAAAUUUUCCAGCUGAAGAAAGUUCUGGUGAUCCAAAGAGAAAGAUUUCACCUUGGCAAAGAAUGAAAUGGACUGAUACAAUGGUAAGGCUAUUGAUAAUGGCUGUUUAUUACAUUGGUGAUGAAGCUGGUUCUGAAGGGAAUGAUCCAAGUAAGAAAAAGUCUAGUGGUUUGUUACAGAAGAAAGGAAAAUGGAAAUCUGUUUCAAGGGCUAUGAUGGAAAAAGGGUUUUAUGUGUCACCUCAACAAUGUGAAGAUAAGUUUAAUGAUUUGAAUAAAAGGUAUAAGAGAGUUAAUGAUAUACUUGGAAAAGGAACAGCUUGUAGAGUUGUUGAGAAUCAGAAUUUGUUGGAUACAAUGGAUUUGACACCAAAGAUGAAAGAUGAAGUUAGGAAAUUGCUUAAUUCUAAGCAUCUUUUCUUUAGGGAAAUGUGUGCUUAUCAUAAUAGUUGUGGUCAUGGUGGUGCUGGUGGUGGUGCUUCUGGUUCUAAUGUUCAUCAUCAAGUGGAAGGUGGAACAACAACAACUACAACACCACCUCAGAAUCAACCUCAACAUCAUCAACAACAGCAGCAACAGCAGCAGCAACAUUGUUUUCAUUCAUCAGAGAAUGGUGUAGGGAAUUUAGGUGGUUCAAGAGGAGAAGGUUUAAGGAUGUUGAAAAUUGGUAGCGGAGAUGUUGAAGAGGAAGACGAAGAAGAUGAAGACGACGAGUCAGAAGACUAUUCUGAUGAGGAUGAAGAAGAAUCAGGAGAAGGUGGUUCAAAGGGUCAUCAACUAAUUAGUCAUUUAAAUGAUCAAGAUGACGACGAAAACGAUGGAAAAUCAACAAGAAAAAGGCCAAGAAAAGGAGGAUUUUCAUUUUCUAUUUCACCAUCAUCAACAUCAUUAACAUUGAUGCAUCAAAUGAACAAUGAAAUAAGUGGUGUGUUUCAAGAUGGAGGUAAGAGUCCAUGGGAGAAAAAGCAAUGGAUAAGAACCAGGAUAUUGCAAUUGGAAGAACAGAAAGUAAGAUAUGAAUCACAAGCUUUUGAGCUUGAAAAACAAAGGUUGAAAUGGCAAAGGUAUAGUAGCAAGAAAGAGAGGGAAAUGGAGAGAGCUAAACUUGAGAAUGAAAGGAGAAGAUUAGAAAAUGAGAGAAUGGUUUUGCUUAUUAGGAAGAAGGAGAUUGAAUUGAUGAAUCUUCAACAACAACAACAACAGCAGCAGCAACAACAGCACUCUUCAACCUAGAUGAAUUUUGUAUAACAGAUGAAAUUAGUCAGUUAGAUAGAAUGUAGAUUAGGCCAAAUUGAUGAAAUGAAACUUUUGUGCUUGUUCUAUUUUUGGAGUUAUUUAUUCAUCAACUUGUUUCUUAUUGAAUUUAUUAAAAAUAAUAAUAGUAUUUAUGUACCA